GUUAUACAGUUACACAGGUGUUUGUGUGUCCGUUUCCUGCAGCUCAUUUCCGUGUGAGUGCAGUGAGUCUCAGCCAAACGGGCUCAGUUUCAGCCCUGUGCCCUUAUCUGUGACUCCGUACAAGCGCAGUUUUGUCAGCCUGGUGAAAAGACACCGUUUUUGAAUAAUAGAUGGACCUGACGUUAUCGACGCGAUAGUUUAACAGUCAGUAAUGUCACACCAGAGCCUGAGAUUGAUUCCCGCCCACAGCUUCGAGGGUAAAAUGGAGAGGGACUCCGCCGGUGCUGCAGAGGAGACCGAGCCGGCGUCGCCUUUGAGGAAAAAUAUUAAUGAAGACUCCCGCGCAGCUAAUUCCCAAAGCUCCCGGGAAGAAACCUGUGCUACUACAGAUGUCGCCAGAGCCAGGUGGACUCUGCUGAGACAGGUGUUGCGUCAGAAGCAGGUGGACACUCCAGAGGUCAAACAGGUGUCUGUUCGCAGGUUUGCAACAUUUGACCUUUUCACCAGGAAAAGACUGACACAAGACCCCAGUGAUACCUCCGAUGACCAGUGGGCGGAGUACAGAAGUGUCUACUUUCCUGAGUACAGUGCCUUACUCAGGGAUAACCUGGGGCCAAUCAGAGUUAAUGAAGUGCUCAACAGUUUUGACAACACCGGUAAUGUCUGUGUGUGGCCGUCUGAAGAGGUGAUGGCUCAUUACUGCCUGCAGAAACGUCACAUGUUCAAGGGUGCAGUGUGUGAGUUAGGAGGAGGUAUGACUUGUCUUGCUGGGCUCAUGGUUGCCAUUUGUGCUGACGUGAAGGAAGUUCUGCUAUCAGAUGGGAACGAGAAGUCCAUUCAGAAUGUACGAGGGCUGGUUAAAAGAAACAGGCAAGCUGGAAAGUUUGGGUCAACACAGGUAUCAGCUAGAAUGGUGAGGUGGGACUGCGAGUCAGACAUUUCAGCACUGGAGGGUCACUUUGACAUUGUCAUGUGUGCAGACUGUUUGUUUCUCGACCAGUACAGAGCCAGCCUGGUUGAUGCUAUAAGGAGAUUACUGCAACCUAACGGCAUGGCGUUGGUGUUUGCUCCACUGCGAGGUGAAACUCUGAGACUGUUCUGUCAGCUGGCCCAGCAGGCCGGACUCUGCACCUCUCAACACCAGCAGUAUGAUGCUCAGGUCUGGGAUGUUCACUUGAAGAUGCUGACGGAAGGAAAAGACGCCUACGACGAGAACAUCCACUAUCCUCUCCUCAUCACCUUGACCAAAGGACCUCAACCUGUCAGCCACCAAAACAAUACAUGGACAUAUUAAGGCGUGUUCAGACUGAGGAGCAAAUGUUGCUGCCCAGGAGCUACAGAUCACGUAGUACACAGUAAGCCUGGGCAAUAUAUUGAUUUUAUAUUAAUAUAAUGAUACGAGAUUAGAUAUAAUUUUAGAUUUUAUAUGUGUUGUUUUCUCACAGUUUUAAUUAGGGCUGUCAGCUUUAACAUGUCAAUCAUAAUUUUAACAGGCUGUACUGGGCUGAGUCUGUAAAGCUAAAGUGAACCUAAAAGAACUAAGAAAUCCAGUGAUACCUAUCCUGCCUUGCUAAGCUCUCAGUGAAAGGGCUGAAUAAUGCUCCAAAGUUAGACUAAAUUUUGGGGAUUGAAAAGCAGAAUUAAAAUGAGCUCUAUGGGAAUCUCCCCUUUAAGUCUGUCCCGUGAAGUUUUUGCUGUCAUUUGAUUCCUAAUCAUGAUAAUCUGGUAAGAAUUAAUUUACUUUGUCAAUCUGGACUUAAAAGCUUUUUUUGCAGUGCAAAAUAAUGACCAAAAAAGUGACUUGAAAAAAAGUGAUUAAUCGCAAUUAACUAUUAAAAUUAACUAUCUAAAAUUCUGGUCAAUUGUGAUUUAAAAAAAUAAUCUUUUGACAGCCCUAGUGUUAAUGUAAUGUUUUGAAAUUACCAGACUGUUUAAGAUGUUCUGUUAAUUGCCUUUGCUCAUUUACAUCAUUUCAUCCUCAUCACUGAUGAUUAUUUAUCAAAAAUCUUAUUUUGGGAAAUAUUUUUUUCGGCCAAACAUCAUCAUACUAUUUGACUAUCUUCAUAUUGCCUAACCCUGUUUCACAAGUAGCCUAAACUACAUCACAUUGUAAUUCAACAUAACACAGCUCUGUCGGUGUGUGUUUAAAAUGAAAGACAGACACUAUGAGUCUGCCAACAUUAACUCCAACUUUACCGGUAAUUUUCUUUAAAAGUUUUAUACUGACAGUCCAAAUCUGUUGUGUCACACACACACACAUAUCAGCCCCCACUGUGUCUGCAGCUAUGAGUCCACCAGGUUGCACUGACAGCAGUGGAUAUCAAACGUGUGGCAACAGAAGCGAGGUCGCUCGGCAACAAUCAGAUCCUGUGGCAGCUGCUAAACGCGCUCAGUCUGAACCAACCUUCAGGAAGUGUGUCUGAAGACAGACAGUGAACGACAAUACAUGUGCAUGAGGUUUAAUGACUCUUAUCACUGGCAUUUAUUGAUAAGUGACCUAAAUACUGUGGAACCGAUUUUUUAAAAAUGUAUGAUAUGCUGUGGGAUUUCUUCACAUCUUGACUGUUUUUUUUUUUUGUAAUGCAGACCUCUCAACAGUCUCUUACUCUUAAUGUCCACUGGGUGCAGACACUCUGCUGCCAGUUCACUCUGUUCACUGGCUCUGUCAACGCAGUAUCUCACUCAAAGUUCAUGUGUACCAAGUCUAUUUUUCGCUGUCCCGUAAGUGCUAUGUUUACUUAAUAUUUGAAGGAGUACUCAUUAUUUCAUUUAGUCUUUAAAUACAUACGACAAAACUAUAUUUUUUGUUUGUUUAUUAAGAAGCAGUUUUCUUUCUGCUAAUUAACACUAUUCAGAAAGUACACAUACAAACAUGACUUGAUGUGCACAGUAACUAAAAUGCUACCAAAAUCACAGUAUAUGAGCUGAAGACAUGUUUUCAGACUGCAUAUAAAACACCCAAAAAUAUCUGCAAACAAUUCGAAAAAAUAUUGGAAUGUGGGUGCUGAAGAUCAGACUGCUUGAGCAGCGACAUGAUGCAGCCACAUCCAGUGGACAACAGGGGUUAGAAUAUGAUUUCAUAUCGAUAAACUCUAGGUCUUGAAAGUCAAUCUCAUAUCCUCAAGAGAAAAAAUGUCACACAUUUCAGACCAAUUGCUCCUCCAUUUUCUGUUUUUUUUCUAUCGGCACAACUGUUUUACUCAGGUCUUUUCUCAUGCAUUUAGUUGUUUCCUGUUUCCUGUGGUAUUAAAGAAACGCCAAGUGUCAGAGGGUCACUCGAGCCUAAAGCUGUACCUAUCACUUGUAGAGUGUUUCCAUAUUUCACUGUGAUCCAUUGCUGUAUGCAACAGCCAAUAAGCUAUGCAGUAUCUCUCAGUGGCUGCUGUUUACAUUCCUCAUAUUGAAGAAAAUAAUCCACCAACAGAAAUGAGAGGUAUUCCCUGUGCGUAACUACUCAGAAAAGUAAAUUAAGCCGGUUUUAUCAGUGGUCUCAGUGCUUUGAGGGCUUAAAUUGCAUUGCAAAAAAAUGUUCGCAUUGCAAAGGUUUAGAAGUGUGUUUAAUUACAGUUUUAUCUGUAAUGCAGUUUGCUGUAUACCUUUGAUAUCUGUGAGCUAACACAUUAAUACCAUCCCAGCUGUGACUGUGUACAGUGACUUCAUCGCUGUCUAAUGUGACAUCACCAGCCCCAAACAGUUUACUGUGAUAUCCACUCUGCUUUACUGCUUCUCGCAGCAUCACUGCAUCUCACCAACUCAUGCACCUCUGCUGUGAUCAGAGAGUGCUAAGACUUUUUCUUGCAAAUCGGCAUUUCUCACCAGCUGCCAGUUCUCUUUUCUGCCCUCUCCGUAUCAGGCUCUCUAGAUUUAUAAUGGUGCUUUCUGUUCUCACCUGCCUUCUUUUCUUUGUCUGCGACUAGUUAAAGUAAUUACAGUUUUGUGGACCUGGCUCCAAAAGGACAAAAAAAACCAAAAUCAGAGUCAGAAAUUAACACAACAGAUAUUCCAAAGUCAAAUCCUACGUCACUAAAUGCAAGCUAAGAACAGCGGGCUAAAGUUUGUGCCCACUAGCUCCAAAAUCACAAAGUGAUGAAACUGGUUCUUUAAAGUAACCUGGUUCAUGUCAUUCAUAAAAGACAAAAGACAAUUCUUUUGGUUCACUAACCUCCCACUAGUCAAUGGGAAUAAGGUGAGUACAGGCACUUCUUUUUUAUUUUACUUCGAUCACUGGUGGUGAUGUCACAUUUUACACAGUGAUGUCGUCACUUAUUGUUGUAAUAUUAGUGCAGUGUGCUAGGACACUUCUCACUGUGACAUCAACAGACAUUGAAGGAAUCACUGACAGUCAGUAUCACACACUGGCUCAGGGAAUGUGACAAGCUGGCAGUCCAUGCAAGAAUUACACUUUUGACCAUUUGUAUAUCGAUUACUCACUUUGUGUUACGUGGAAUUACUGAAGAAAACAUGCAUUUUCUUAUUUAAAAUACUAUGUUUUAGUGAAAAUGAAUGUGUCUGGGAAGUACUGAGAAUACAACUAGAUAAAUGAGAUUUGCAUUAUACUGCACAACUUGUGUAAGAGUUUGUAAACAGAGGUUUUGAUAUCGUCUUGCUGUUGUCGAGCACAGUCUCCCAUGACUUCAAUUCAUCAAGAAUCCUCUUUUUUUUAAAUUCUUUAAUCACUGUUAAAGGCAGGCAAGCAAAACAAAGUUGUCUUCCCGUAUUGAACAUAACAUGGGGGGAUUCACUGAUAUACAAAUGGUCAUUUGGGGGCUUACGUAUUCUUUGAAAACAAGCAUUUUAUUAAACUAUGUUAACAAGAAAAAUCAAUAGAGUGUGUAGAUCAGCAAUGAUAGCGGUGAAUGAAUUUGUGUAGUGUGCUGUUGCAGUGUUUAUAGCUCAGGUGAGCCUAAUCAGCUGACCACCCUCCUGUGUCAGCCAGGUGCCUGCUGAGGUUGGCCCGGGCAGCCUCUAGGACAGUUGGGUCGGGGUGGGGGUGGGUGGGGAUCACAUCAGUGUUAUUUAGAAAAACUUGUGUGCUGCAGUUGAGAAUUACCCUGGGCUAACAUCAUACAGAAAUGCUCUAUUCCCAUCUAUUUAUGUCACUGUGUAGGCUGUGUCUCAGCUCAAAUAUGUUUUUAAAUAUUAAAGAGAAUAAUAUGUGCAGGCCUUACCCACACUAAUUCAGAGCAAUUUCAGAUUGGAUCUAUUUUGAUUCUUCUGUCUACACUGAUUAUUUUUUGUCCAAUCAUUAAAAAACAAAACUACAAGAAAAUUCUCCAGUUAGAUUUCUGGGCUUUGACACCCGCAACAAAACUGAAUUUAUUUAAAUUAAAUAUUUCAAUUUAUUGACUUUAGUGUGGACACAGCCUCAUGUAAUGACGUUCUCCAUUCACAUCUAAUUUCCUCUGCUUUACUGUAAUCAGUGGGUAAUGGUUGUUGUACUCGGUGAUCUAAGUGUGGGUCUUUUUUUGUGUGAAUGAAUACAAAUAAAUAAAUUUUCUUUGAAAACAA